AUGGCUGACAUGCAAGAGGUUUUGGAAAGGCAAGAGCGACAAACUAGAGAAAGAAUGCGUAAACGAGCUGCAAGCAUAAGGGCGCAGAGAGAACUAGAUGAGCAACUUGACAUAGCCGUUGCUAUGCUGGAGGAAGAAAACCAAAGCCGCCGUGGUUCACGAGAAGGUCGUGGCCCAAAUGUGGACAGACAUAGACAUUCUUGGGGUAAGAAUCUUAUGGAAUAUUAUUUUAUCCCACAUUCUCUGUACUCUGAUGUUCAUUUUCGAGCGAGAUAUAGAAUGCAACCCCAUUUGUCCAAUAAAGUCAUGCAUGAUAUUUGCAAUUAUGAUGAAUAUUUUGUUCAAAAGAAAAAUUGUGCUGGAAAUUUGGGGCUUCUUCCCGAGCAAAAGUUCACAGCUGUGAUACGAAUGUUGGCGUAUGGGUCAUCUACUGAUCAGGUGGAUGAGAUUGCCCGGAUGGGGAAGUCCACUAUUUUGGAGAGCUUAGUGCGAUUUUGUGAUGCAGUGGAAACUCUGUACACCAGGGACUACCUGCGCAGACAUACGCCCAAGGACCAACAACGGCUUCUACAAAAAGCUGAGUCUCGUGGAUUUCCUGAAAUGAUUGGUAGCAUUGACUGCAUGCAUUGGCAAUGGAAAAAUUGUCCAACUGCUUGGCAAGGGGAUUAUGAAAAUAGGAAAAGGCAGAAAAACAUCAUCCUUGAAGCAGUUGCUGGUUUUGACACAUGGGUUGGGCCGCCUUCUUCAGAGUUCCUGGAUCUCAAAACGAUUUGA